AUGGCAGAAACUCAAGACACAAUCAAUGAAAAGGACAGUCCGGUCGAUGGUGUGCCACAGCUGGAUCUGACCAAAACGUCGAAACAGAUUUAUUUCGAGCUGCUGCGAACAUGGGUCUAUCAUGCGGAGAUGCAAAACCAUCUGCACGCUCACUUCCCGUACUAUUUGAUGAGCAACUAUCCGCAGCUGUUUCAGCUAAAUGCGGGUGGUAGCGUACCGUCGGCAGUUCCCAGCAUGGGAUCCUUCCUGACCGGUAUGCCUACGACGAACGGCGGAAGUACGACGGGUGGGAUGAAUUCAUCCGGUGCUCCAACGGUACAGGGACAGAAUGUUACUGUGAACCGGGGACGUAAUGAAACGGUCGAUCCAACACGACCAGACGAUGCUAUUAAUCGGCACGGAGGAUACGAGUACGUCAUUGCACCGCUAUGGAAACGGUUUGCGGCCGAAGCCAUCGAUAUAGCGAUAAUAUUUCUGCUUAAGAUAAUGACCACACUGGCGUUUAUGGAUGCGUUCGAAAUCGAUGUCUUGUACAUGGACCUGGACGCGAUUCGUAACUCGUUCGAGGAAGAUUACACCGAGCUGCUAUCGUUCACCUCGGAGCUGAUAUUUCUCGAGAUAGGCAUCAAGAUAGCGGUGUGCAUCUACGAAGCGGUAUGGACGGCACACGUACAAGUCAUACCGGGCAGUGCAACGCCCGGCAAGAUGCUGAUGGGUUUGCGGAUCGUUUAUGCCGAAUCGGUGGCAGUGUUGGAUCCACAACCUCAGCCCGGUUUGCUAAGCAAUCAGAUACCGCUGCGGGCGCUACUGUAUCCGGGCACGACACCAAGCUUUGGCCGUGCGUUUGCCCGGGCGGUCGUGAAGAAUGCUGUGAUAGCAUUUCUGUUUCCCAUGUGUUUGCUGUUGCUGUGCUUCCGGCAAAAUCGCUCCAUCUACGACGUCAUGACCAAGACGGUCGUGGUGGAGGACAAUCCCAACCCGGUACUAAGACGGCGCUAG